UCUAACACCACCCUUCACGAGCUUCUGAUUUGACCAUCGUCUUUAUUUCGCGAUUGCAGUAGGCCUUGGAAUAACCCGUUGUGCCUCAGGAUGUCCUCUGUGUCUUCAAGGAAGAAGCGGCCAGGACUUCUGGAGGUUGUUAACAGGCUUUCUCUUGGAGUUCCAGAGUCAAAAUCAGAGCAAAUUGAAUGCGAUGAGGAUUUAGAAAGUACACCAGAAGAAGUUCCUGAGAAGAGGCGUGCUAGUGCUAGCAGUUUCCAUUUAGCCAAAUCCUAUGUACCACCAAGUUCRCCACAGUCUUGUGACUCCAGCGAUGAAGCUCAAGAGAAAGAAGUUGAAGAGGUCCGCAAAGGUCCUACCGAGCCCAUGAGAUGCGGAGUCUGUGGUUUACGAGUKUACAAGUCGUAUCGGUACAUCAGUCGCAGUAGCGCUCCGAAUCACCUAAAGAACUUCUUUGAUCCUGAUACAGAUAGAUUCCGCGUUUGUAAGAGAUGCCACAGCUCGAARGAACGGUGUCGACAAAACUUAUCUCUUCUGUUGUUGAARUCUGAGACGGAACAGUACAUUCAUUUGCGGAGUCCUCUUGGUACAACCCACCAUCGCCGCUCACACUCGAUGAAGUUCCUGACACGGGAUAUUGGUAGGAGCUUAAAGCGACCUUACGAGGACCUUACUUGUGAUGAAACUCUGGAUGAAGAUUAUUUGAGUGAUGCCGAUGAGAAUACAUURGCCAAAGCCAUGAAAAAAGAGCCGUUAUCUGCCAAAACUGUGCCGUCAAAUGGCGUCGAGAAGUCGAAUGGCACRGGUGUUGUGACUGUUGUUCGACCAAACAGCAACACCUUUGUAGUUUACCCAAACCACUUCACUACUUACGGCGAGAUAACGAAGACAACUGAAGAAGGAGGGAAAACUAAUACCAAGACUGAACUGACGACGAUAAAAAUCUUCAACAAAAAACCUGAAGAAAAGACAGCGGAAUCUGAGGCUGAAGGCACACCAGAGAACGCUAAUGGUGAGUUAAAGAGUGAAAUCAGGACCAUCAACUACAAGUUGACAUUACUGGACCAUGCGUAUGCUCUGCCUGCUGCUAAAAACCUCAAGCUGAUCAAGACAGCGGCAACAGCGAAACCUGUAGUCCCUAAUAAACCACCRAAAAUCAUUAAGGCUGACUCGCUGGCCAAGACAGCUAUCAGAAAUAUGAUUAAAAAUAACAGUCAAGUGAAGAAGAAGGAAGCAACCUCAACUGGAACCUCUACAGAAAACAAAGACCCACCAACGAGAACUUGUGGAAUUAUUUGCUCGCUKUGCUCGAACCUMGUGACCAAGUCCUAUUCAUGCUACCGCAAAGAAAAUGCYCCUGAAAAGAUCCGACCACUAUUCACAGGGGAUGUUAAAGUAAUGAAGGUUUGUCGUCGUUGCGUGCCGUACAAGAAGCCAAAAGGUGCCGAAGAAAAUGCAGCAAGGGUUUCCAAGUCUAAAGUAAAGAUAUCCAUGAACAAGUUCAUCAAACAGAAAGUGAAAAAUGCCAAGAAAACUGCAAAAUUUGAAGUGAAAAACACAAACAACGAGAGCUCAACACAGACAAAAGAACUUUCUAAAUCUGYGCAAAAGCCGACAGAAGAAAACGGUGUAAAUACCGUUAAACAAGAACCAGAAAAACCACCUGAAAAGACUUUGGUGCAAGUCCCGCCAAAGCAAGAUACAAAGAUGGUUCACGUCUCUAUUAAGAAUGGAAAAGUGGAGAGUUCGACUAGAAGUGGUGACACAUUGAGGAACACCUUCCCUCCUAUUUCAUCAUCAAUUGACAAAGAAUCCAGCAAAAAAACUCACGUUUUAAGCACUUUACAAGAAAAGAUCGUACAGUCCCAGACGUCUGUUGUCUUCUUGAAGUUGAAAGGUCUUGAUUCUGUAACGAAACAGCCGGCUGUCAAUAAUCUUACGAGUCAAGUUGACUUUGGAACACAGCCAGUGCAGUCCAUGAUAGGAGUUAAGAAAAACAAACAAAAAACCACCAAGAAUGAAAAUGAAAGUAAAGAUGAACUUCAGCCUGAAGGUAAAGAGGCUAAUAAACCACAGGAAACCAUUGAAMGGAAAGAAAGUAUUAAAGAAAACAAGGACAAAGAUAAGGUAACCAAUAAGGACGAAGUUUCUUUGGAGGAAAAGCAGGRCAAGAAAGACAAAAUCGAGGGCAAAAAAGAGGACAAAGAAGAAGAAUUGAAAGCUGAAAAUAAACCUAAACAUACCAAGGAAAAUGAAAUGGAAAAAACGCAAAAAGCACUGAAUGAUGGUGAAUUGAAAACAACAGAAAUUAAAGCCUCUUCCAAGCCUCUGAAAGCUCCUGUUCUAGAGCCAGUUCGUUCCAGUCCACGAAGAGAUAAAAAUAUCGUGCCUCCAGAGAAGAAGAAAGAUUCCCCCACCACAGAKGCAAAACCAACAACAGURUCAACGCGUAAACGAAAAGGCGUCAGCGAAUCAGAAAGCGAAAGUGGUAAACAAAACGAAAGCAAAUGCUCAAAGCAAAGCGAGGAAACAGCAAACGAGAAACAAAGUAGUAACAAGACAAGUGAGAAAGCUGAAGCGAGUCUCAAACGAUCGACUCGUAAAGGCCGAGGCAUGAAGAGAAAGGAUUCAGAGAGUUCGAACGCCGAUCCGGACAAGAAGGAUAAGAAGACGAAGGCAGAUGAUGCUAAAGAUGGAAACCCAAGUCGUAGUUAUUCUACGCGAUAUGGUCAGUCACCAACCAAGUGCUGUUGCUGUAGCGAAAGUUCUCAAAAGCUAUUUCGCUGUGUACAAAAUGGUCGAUCGCCCUCCCACAUCAAACCUUUGUUUGAAAGAGAAGGAACAUCGACGCUGAGAAUCUGUCGGAAGUGUCUCAACUGUCGCUCAAGAGUAAAGUCCUUUUUAUAAAUUAAGUCAGUAUAUCGGGGCAACUCUACAUCAAUGUGUUCACCAGAGAAAGAAAUCCAGACUUGGGACUGCUUGUUUAGAGGAAAAUUAGCACUCGUAAUCUGUUUUCAAAAGUAAUGUGUAUACAGGCGUAUAUAUUUGUAUGCAARUGUAGUAUUUUGGCCGAAAAAAUAUUUUUGGCCAUAUGUUUGUAAACACCUCAUUAUUCUCUUUUUUCAGUGAUUAGCUUUAGAAUGUAAUUUUGCCGGGAGCUAUACUAUUUCUCGUGGAGUUCACAGGUGUUCGUCUAGUAGGGUUGCCAGCGAUGAUUGACUAUGUAUGUUUUCUCUCUCGACCGAACUGGAACGAGGUAUGACGUACGUCAACUAAUUCGCCUCGAUUCUGAGUUCGUUCCAGGCCGUCCGCGAGAAAAUGAAUAUUCUCUGUUGUACAGUUUCAAAUCCAAGAUUUUUUCUGUCGCAUUGAAAGGGCCUCAAGUGAUUUUUAAUGACCAAAAUUUGAUAUCAAGUCAAAGCUAAAAUAAUUAGGUGUAACCAGUAUUGCAAAUGACAUUCCUCUCGACUAUCGUGGCAAAGAUUUUUCCAAUAAUUAAUGGUUUGCUUGAUACCUACAAUAUUAAAGGGAGGUUCGAUUUUAAAUAUUUAUAUCAAAUCAAAAUAAUCAAUGGUAUAAUCUACAACACAUUUCAGCGGAUUUCACGACGACGAUUGCUGACGAGGUCGUAUUUUGGACGUGCAUGUGUAAAUCGAUAAUGAAUCGGAGAUUGUUCGGGUCGUAAGCGUCAGUUGCUAGUUUUAAAGAGUCAUGGUCCACCAGCAUCCCUUUCGUGCUUUUGUUUAUGUUUAUGAUAAAAAUACAUCGUAAUGUUAAGCAAACACAUAUUCUUUAUUAUACAGUUAUGUAAAAAGAUAAAUUUAACACCGUAAAAAAGUAUGUGGAAAA